UUUUUAAUUAUUGGUUUGGCAAAACAGAGAGUGAUGCGAUGGAACAAGAAGAACGCUAUCAAUCUCGUUUCCAAGUCCAAUCAUCUCCCGGCGCCGAUUACGCCGCCGUCACCGGAGAUUUACCGAAUACCUAAUCCUCCACCAAAGCUUCCGGAGAUCUCAAUUCCUCCGACUCUAACUCUCUCUCCAUCUCCCAAACACUCCAAUUUCGUCAAUUUCCUCGAGAACAACAUCCCUCACCAUCAAACCCUAACUCCACAAAAUCUCCUCGGAUUCCUCCGUUCUAAGCUCCGUCAUCAUCCGCUCUACGCUCAUUAUGACUUCGCCGUCUUCAAUUGGGCAGCUACGCUCGACACUUUCCGCCAUGAUCACGAUUCUUUCCUCUGGAUGUCGAGAUCACUCGCCGCCACGCACCGGUUUCACGAUCUAUAUCGUCUCCUCUCUUUCGUAGCGGCGAAUCCAUGUCCUUGUUCUUCAGGUAUCUUCUCUUGUCCAGAGCUUGAACCUAUUUUCCGAUCCGCCAUUGAUGCGUAUUGUAGAGCUGGGAAAAUGGAUUAUGCGUUGUUAGCGUUUGAUACUAUGAAGAGAUUGAUCGAUGGUAAACCAAAUGUUGGAGUUUAUAACACUGUUGUGAAUGGAUAUGUGAAAUCUGGAGAUAUGGAUAAGGCUUUAAGGUUUUACCAGAGGAUGGGAAAGGAAAGAGCAAAGCCAGAUGUAUGCACGUUUAACACCCUCAUCAAUGGUUAUUGUAGAAGCUCUAAGUUUGAUUUGGCAUUAGAUUUGUUCAGGGAGAUGAAGGAGAAAGGUUGUGAACCGAAUGUGGUUAGCUUCAACACUCUGAUUAGAGGGUUUUUGAGCAGGGGUAAAAUCGAGGAAGGUAUCAAAAUGGCUUAUGAGAUGAUUGAGAUAGGUUGUAGAUUCUCAGAAGCUACUUGUGAGAUUCUGGUUGAUGGGUUGUGUAGAGAAGGUCGGGUUGACGAUGCUUGUGGAUUGGUGAUCGAUCUUUCGAACAGUAGGGUUUUACCGAGUGGGUUUGAUUAUGGUAGUUUAGUUGAGAAACUCUGUGGAGAAAACAAGGCGGAUAGAGCAAUGGAGAUGGUGGAGGAGCUGUGGAAGAAAGGCAAAACCCCAUGUUUCAUUGCUUGUACUACACUCGUAGAAGGGUUGAGGAAAUCAGGAAGAACAGAGAAAGCAUCAGGAUUUAUGGAAGAGAUGAUGAAUGCAGGAAUCCUUCCCGAUAGUGUGACAUUUAACUUGCUUCUUCGGGAUCUCUGCAGUUCUGAUCGUUCUACUGAUGCAAACAGUUUGAGACUUUUGGCAUCAAGCAAAGGAUAUGAACCUGAUGAGACAACGUACCAUGUUUUGGUUUCGGGAUUCACAAAAGAAGGGAGAAGAAAGGAAGGAGAAGUUUUAGUGAACGAGAUGUUGGAUAAAGAUAUGUUGCCUGAUAUCUUUACAUAUAAUAGAUUGAUGGAUGGCUUGUCCUGCUCUGGAAAAUUCUCAAGGAAGCAAGUCCGGAUGUCGUAACCUGUGUAAAUUAGACCCAAGCUAUAUCUAUGCAUCAACAAAUUUUAUUUUGACAAUAUGAAAUGGAAACCAAGUUGGGUUCUUUAUUUAA